AUGACCCUCCUGAAGGUGAGCAUCGCCGUGGUGCUGCCUCUUUUAGUGGACUGUGUGUGUGAACCCGGGCUUCAGGCCUGUGAGUUGGAGUGUUGGGGUGUGUGGAGCUCCUGUACCAGAACAUGUGCUGGGCUGAAAACCAGAACACGGAAGAUGUGCUGUGGAGUUCAUGUUCCAGACUGUAUCGGUAAAUGUCGCCGACCCAACACGUCUGUGGAGACACAGCCAUGUGCGACACACUGCCCCAAUGGUGGAAGCUACAUUGAUGGCUACUGUCACUGUCCUCCUCUCAGACAUGGAAUUUGUUGUGAACGAGACGAGACGGCUGUGUCUGGUGGCUGUGCCCGACACUGCACGUGGAUGAACUGGUUGUCAUGGGGAGACUGCAGCACAGACUGUGGCUGUGGAACACGAAUCAGGAAAAGAUUUCCUUGUGGUCGAAAAGGGUUGAGCUUUUCUGAGCGUAUAGAGGAUUGCAACUUCCGGGACAACAGUACUGACGAGAGAGUCUGCACUAAACAGUGCACCAGGAAUGACCAGAGUCAGACUUGUCAACUUUGUUCCUGGAACAACUGGCAACCAUGGAGCAGUUGUAGCCAGACGUGUGGAGGAGGACAAAGGUCAAGGCCACGGUCACCUUGCUGCUGUAAAGGCCAAUCCAAUAAGGACUGUCUGUUUGACUGCCGGUUGUCGGAGAACGACUCAGUUCAAACCGAGAACUGCAGUGAAGUUUGUUUCAACAACGGAAGCUUCUCAAGCAGCAUCUGCCACUGUGGACAAGGCUAUUCUGGAUCUUGCUGCACUGAGGAGGUAACUGAUGGCAACUGUACAAAAUGCACCUGGGGGAUGUGGGGACGGUGGGGAUCUUGCAAUGACUCCAAGAACGGGGAGGUAACGAGAAGGAGAUCCCUCUGCUGUCGUGUGGGACAGAAGGAGAACGAGUGUUACGCCCAGUGUAAGCGAGAGGGACAUGGAACUGUCGACGUGAAACAAUGUGACCUGUUUAUAGUGAAAGAUUCAACCCAACUUCACUUUAUGUACACCAUCAUUGCCUCUGUCGUAUCCGUUGUCUUCACGUCGCUUGUCUGGACUGCUGCUUAUUGCAUCAGGAACAGGAAGUGCAGGGGGCCACCAGACCAGCAGGGGUCAUGUGAUGUCAACAGUCCAGCUGAAAUGGACAACUAUACCAGUCUACAAGCUGAUCGGAGAGACGUAGUUCGUAACGUCACCCAGAAUUCAUGCUAUGACAAUCUUGCAUGUGAGCCCGUGUAUGAAAACCCACAAGAUCUGUUUAUGUAAUGCGCCCAUUCUGGGUGUCCCCUGCCGUGACAUAUAGCUGGAGUGUUGCUCAAAGUGCACCGACGACCUCCAAAUCAUCGUAUCCCAAAUUGUUUACAUCGAUGCUCAUGAUGUUGAUCACUGGUCCAGAUGCGAUUAACUACAGAACGCCGCCAUAUAGCUUGACUAUUGUUGAGUGAACAC